AUGUUCAGCGAGCCGGUGUAUCUCUCGGUUGGGGAUGAGUACGACAAGCCGCACCCCAAGCCGUCGCCGGGGAGGGACGUGGGGGGUGCCCGGAGCUUCGUCGUCCCGAUGAAGCGCUCCCCGCACAUCACCGACGCGGUGUUUCAGAAGCCGUUUAUUUCCCUCGCCGUCGGGGACGAGUACGUCCCGGUCCCCCCCGGCGGCACCUUCCGCCAGCCGGCGGAGGGGAUGAAGGGCGGGACGGUGGUGCCGGUGCCGUUUAAGCCGCCGAGCCGCCCCCACAAGCCCAACGGCAGCGGGACGUACUACGGCACCUUCAGCGAGGCCAGCCCGCCUAGGCACGAGGCGGAGCUGCCGCUGGUGGAUAUAAAGAAGGCCGGUAGCAACGCGGACGCCGCCUCGGCGUGGCCGAAGCGGAAAAUCUACACGAACCCCGGCAAGAAGGGCACCUACGGCUACGCCGGCCUCACCAUCGGCAAGGCGGGGGAGGUGCAGUACGUAGCCGACCCCGUCCCCAGCGCCGUCGUCCAACGCUCCGGCAGCCCGACCUCGCAGAAGCCAUUUAAGGCGGCCGUGAAAAAGGGCGGAUGCUUCGACGAAAGCGAGCAUGGCUUCAGCACCGUGUACAGCAUUAACAGGCCGUUGCCUCCAAAGAAGCCGCAAAUGCCGCGCCCUUUGCCGGACAUCAAGCCAUGGAGACCCGCAGGUGCGCUUGUGAAGGAAAUCACAAAACCACCCGAGUACCAGGAAGACCCGUAUGACCUGAAAGAAAAGCGCAUCCGCGAGGAGCGGCAGAAGGAGCAGAGCUAUAAGCCAUGGUGCCCGGCCGGCAAUGAUCCAUACCGCUACAUUUAUAACUAUCCCGUGCGCUUUGAUCCCCCUCCCGUAGAAUGA